AUGCAAGGUCCUACAAAGCUCAAAGCAGUCAUGCAGGCUGCACCUGCAUUCAUAUGCUGGCAACUAUGGAAGAGGAGAAAUACUAUUAUGCAUGGGGGUAAGAUAAAUAAACUAAAGGUCAUACAUGGGAUCAACUAUAAUCUGCAGCAACUGGUGAAGACAUUAUAUCCUUGGUUGAGACAAGUUCCAGAUGAAUGGCCUAAACUGGUGAAAUACUUGGAGGAUUACAGGCCUAGAAUUGCAUAUAAGAUGGUGCAAUGGCAAUUUCCUGAUGCUGGCUGGUUCAAGUGCAAUACAGAUGGGGCCUCUAGGGGUAAUCCAAGAUUGAGUUCAACUGCAUUCUGCAGUAGAGAUGAGGUUGGAAACCUGAUAUAUGCUGGGGCAAGAAGAAUAGGUGAUACAACUAACAUCACAGCAGAAUCUGUAGCUAUAUUGGAUGGAAUUGAAUUCUGUAUUAAAAAUGAUCUGGUGCCUGUAAUGAUUGAAUCAGAUUCUCUGUCCAUGAUAAACAUUAUUCAAGGUACAGUUAACUUUCAUUCUUUUGCUGAAUUACCAAUAGGUGCAAAGAAGAUUCUCAAUGCUGAUAAGAUGAUGAUGCCUAAUUUCAGAACAAAGAUAUACAGAAAUAGAGAACCAGACUGA